UCCAAGCAACUAUCUACAUGUAAAAAGCCACAAGUCACGGAAACCCUUAAUUGUGCCAAAAUAAGCUUGAGCGCACUUAUUCAAGCUGGAAAUAAAGGAUGCUUCUGAAGAAAGACAGUCGACCAAGGAAAUGGGAUUUACUUUGGAAAAUGUACAUUAUUCAAACGUUGCUCUAGUGUGUGUUGGGCUGAAACACUUGGGAGUUUUCUGCUUAAACUUUGAGCUCUUUCUAAAUGCAUUGAUGGACACUAAGAGAAGCAAACACGCGCAAAGUUCCGGGGAUAUAACUCUGUUUUCUUAAACAAUCUCAUCUGUCGUUCCUGAAUUGUUUUGUCCUCCUCUUCGAAAAACACUGCCAAACAACUUCUGUGGUUAAAUGGGGGCAUUGUAAGUUGUUUUCAGGGGGCUAAAGGCAACCACGGAAAACGAAGGAGAAGGAAAGAGCGGACUAUUUAACAAUGAACUGAGAGAAUAGCAAGAAAGACAAGUGGGAGGACAGGCAUCGCAAUGGCUGAAAGGGAGACUCAGAGAAAAGCGCCUGUUCAUAGAAGCGUCUCUUUAAAAAAGUUGGACAGCUGGAGCGCAAAGCGCAGAUCACUUGGAGAGGAUUUGGAUAGGUGCGGUGCCCUUCCCCCAGACGCCGUAGAGCCCAGCGCGCAACCAUCACAAGCGACGCACGCUGUUACUGUAUCCAGAAAUGUUUCCAAAAUCUCAGCGGCCAGCCUCUCGACCGCAGACCUCAAGAAAGCCUCUCAUGGAAUAUCUCCAUCGGUUCGUCAGCUCUCUGAGAAGUUCAGUUUGAGCACAGGCGGGACACAGAGCUCUUUUGUAAACACUGGAAGCGUUAAAAACGUCGAGGAUUCGAAUUUGAAUGAGAGUGGCUUCUUAUCCAAGGAGUUUUCGGAGUCUGCGACGGAGAAACUUAAGGACAGUAACAGAUAUUGCUCGGCUCAAGAGUCCGUGUCAGGGUCGGAUUCGGACAGAUGCGAUAAACACAGGCUCCUGAAAACUGUGGGUGGUACAAGUACAGGGAGCCCAACAUGCAAAUCUCGUCGCUGCUAUCACCCUUCCUAUGGAGAGACAUCUAUUCAUAUUGAUGCAAACUGGCCAAGCGUUUCUAAGAUUAGAGAACUAUUUGGGGAUGGACGCAGAAAGCAACAUCGGUCAACUUCAGAUGCUGAUGACUUGAAAUCUGCCUGUCAACAACUCCAGCAUUUCGACGCUAAAGAGGGCAUCUCAACUCCAGACAAAAGUGACAAACAGUUCCCCCACCAGCCAAGAGGAGCCUGGAAAGAUACAAACAGCUCUCAUCAUGACAACAGUACAUUUAGAACGACUGCUUUGCCCCCCAAGUCUCACUGUUGCCAGCUGCAGGAACAGAGACAGAGGGCAGAGCAGCCACCGGAUAGCUUGCAUUCCUCGCAUAACUCCUCCCAACCACAGACAGGGCCCUUCGUGGAACUAGCAAACGCUGGGGGAAGACUGAGCUCUGGAGAAGAGGAUGAGAAGUUGAGAGGACGGACAGGCGAUAACUUCUCCCAAAACAAACAUGGCAUCAGGGCUAAUUUGAGAGGAAGGUCUUCAGGCAGUGAAGAGGACAGCCCUGCAGCACUAGCUCACCACAACAGGGACGUAAGACGUCGCUCACUAAGGAAAAAGAAGAAAAGCAAUUGCAGCAGAGGCAAUGAAGAGUCAGAUGAUAGUGACAAUCAACCUCUAAUGAUGGAGCCGUGUGAUUCUCAGACGGUAGGCCGCAGGAUUGAGGGUUUCCGUUCUCGGGGUUGUUAUACGGGCUUGCCAUGGACACGAGACAGCCCAUCUCAACGGUCCCAUGUGACUAAGGACAACUUUAGGCACCUAUAUAAAAAUUUUGAAGGGUCAGUCGGAACUAGCCCUGUUCCUCAGGUGUCGCGGGUUUCAAAAGUUACCAUACCCUCAUUUGCAUCCAGUCCAUUGGGGUCAAGAAGUAGUAGCAGGUAUUCUAGCACAGAGAUGUUAAAAGAGGAUCAGCCAGCCAACAUCCACAGCUUUGGCAGGGCUUCAUCAGCUGUUUUGAGUAAAACAUACCAUGGCAAUGCCACCAUGUACCGCUCGCCUAGUUUUGGUCAUGGAGAUAACUUUUCUCGUGCAACAGUUCGAGUUCACCCUAAGCUUGUGCCGAGCUUAGUCCAGCAGAAUAUAAAACAUGUAGUUCAGAAAACAGGGUAUUCUGCCACUCUAAAUAAUGAGAAAGACAGGAACAGGAUCUCUAUGUCCAACCCCGACAUUGCCUCAGAAACUCUAUCACUUCUUAGCUACCUUAAGACCGAUCUAUCCGAGUUAAGAAUGAAGAAAAAGGGACAAGAUGAUGAGGACAAUGUAAACUCUGAUCAAGGCACGUCUGUGUACAGAAUGGGCUCCAGGACAAGUCGGCCGCACCAUGGACGUCCUUCCCUGAAGGAUCUCACUGCUACUUUGAGGAGGGCAAAGUCUUUCUCUUACUCUGAGAAGCCAGUAGGGCAGCAAUAUUAUGGUAGCGGGCCAGGUUUAAGGAGUUCCUCCGAGCAUCGGCUAGACUCUGAAGGCAGUGGCGAGCAGGUGAUGAUUGCUGACAGGGAGGUGGAGAGCGAUGACUGCAGAAGUACCUACAAUUACGACGAGCCAAUGCCUACCCCUCUGCAAGACCACUAUGUGCAGGAAGCCAGACAGGUGAUAAGAGACAUUUGUCAGAUGGGUGAAAGUAAGGAUGAUGAUGAUGAUUAUGAGGAAGACCAUUUCAAGACAAAAAGCAGUGACUCUAAAAUAGACACUGAAAAAGAAGAUAAGGCAAAGCAGGAGGUGAGGAUACUUGAGCACUCUGAUUUUACUGGGUGUAAGGAAGAGGAGGCUGAUGGAAAAAGUGGAAAAUGUUUACAGAAGGGAAAUUCAGAGGAGAACAUGUUCUGUGAUAAGUCAUUGGAUGAACUCUCUGGUCAUGAAUCUAGCCUGACAGAUGAAGGAAUUGUCACAGAGCCAGAGUGUGGCUCGUAUGGGGGGCUAUCCUGCGUUAAAGACUUGCUGGGUCAGACUCUCAAUGUUUGGAAUCAGUCAGGAUCGUACGAAGAGCAGCUGCCUGAUACAACACCAGAGGAAGUUCCAUCUGUUAAGACAGAGAAUGAGGGAGUAGCCAUAGGAGGAGACAUUAGCAGCAGUAAAGAUGUAAACCAGGGGGGGCCUUGGAGGCUCCGUCUACUCCUAGUGCUAUUCGUAGGAGAAGGAAAUUCUCCUCAGCUGAAACAACGGCUCAGAUUCCAGCAAUGGCAACUUCGUUCAGUUGCAGAGGAUGGCGGAAAGAGCUUCUCCAUGGACAGCAACCUGCUCGGUUCACUCUCUCUGAAUUUCAAGGUGGGUGGUGGUGUGGAGUCUUCUGCAGCAGACAUUUCUGAAUAUACAGGCAGUGCCGCCAGUGACCUUUCAGUGUGCAGCGACAGCUGA